ACAGAUGAUUUUUAGUAACACUAUAAUUGACUAUAGUCAAAUCUUUGUGAUAUUAUUGACUAGUAUUGAUACACAACUAAUUUCAUGAAAUUAUUUUUAUUAGUUAUUAAUGGACUAGAAUUAGUCAAAUGUUUGUGAUAUUAUUGACUAUUAUUAAUAUACAAUUAAUUUUAUGAAAUUAUAUUUAUUAAUUAUUAAUAUAGUUGAAUUAGUUUAUUAACCAUGAAUGGAUAAUUAGUUUAUGAAAUUAUUUUGUAUUAUAAAGAUCUACGUAUAUGUUAUUAGAUUAAAAUAUAAAAUGCAUGUUGUUAAAAGUUUGCUAAGUAAAUCUAAAGGUGUUACCGGCAUUGGCUUUAUUUCCUUGAUGAGUUGUGUUUGAACCGAGUUUGGUCGGGACUCGGUUAGUUUAAAGGUUUUUUUAUUAGAUCGGGAGAAAGUUCAGUUUACAAAUGAAGAAAAAAACGCAAGAGUAAACUGGUGCUCGGAGAGUUAGCCGAGAAAGCGAAAAUACAAUAAGUAAGAACUCUAGUUUUUAGCCAUCAAGUAUGUGUGCACAUUCUCGAAUCCCCCUCUUGCUGACCCUCCUCUUCCUUGUAUAGGCUGCUUUCUUCCCAAUGUCUUAGGUCGUCGUGUCGGGCCUUGAUCUUGAUCGGGCCAAGCAACUGGGCUUUCAAGCCAACCUGAUGUGCUUUCUUCGAUCAGUCAAUUGAGACGGUCUUGAGCCGAGCUUGCGCUCUUGGUCGGGGAUCGCUCAGCCGAGCUAGUGCCCUGGGCCGGCUUAGCAGGCCAAACUUUCUAUUUGAGGGGUCUUGUAGAAAGGUGUAAUCCAUCUAGUACAUGUUGACGGCCAAUGUUGUUGUACUCAUUGCUUAACUGCGUUUAUGGAAUGUUUUCUUUCCUGAAUCAAACUAAAGACAAGAGAUUAUUAAUAUUGCAGGAUACUCAUUGUUUCAUUGCGCUUAUGGCAUGUUUCUUUUUCUGAAUCAAACAAAAGACGAGAGAUUAUUAAUAUGGCAUGUAGGUGAGGAUCAUAAAAAAGGUAACUCUAAAAACAUGUUAGAGCCUCUUACAAAUACGUCAACAGAAGAUGAUGAUGCUUGAAUUGUUAGGUUGGGACUUGGGAGAAUGUUAUCUUUCCAUUUUCGCAGUACUUUUCUUUCUUUCCACUUUUAAUUUCUUUUGAAGAAAAUAAUAGAAAGGUUUAAGGGUUCUUUAACUUGUCUUUCUCUCACAGUUAAGAAAAAGGGCGAAACCUAUGGAAACUCCAGAGAGUACAAUAGAACUAUGUCCCGACCUGAUCUUAGACGAUGUUGGCGGUGCGUUCGGCAUGGGUAUUGCCGGAGGAUCCGUCUUUUACAUGAUCAAAGGAAUCUACAACUCUCCCGCCGGGGCUCGUCUAUCCGGCGGCGCUGAGUAUGUACGUAUGAACGCCCCGAGAGUCGGAGGAAGCUUCGCCGUAUGGGGUGGUCUCGUGUCGAGCUUUGCCUGCGCUAUGGAGUACGCGAGACAGAAGGAAGAUUCAUGGAACUUGAUCUUUGCCAGCGUCCCCACUGGAGGUCUCUUAUCGCUGCGUCAAGGCUUCCGCACCUCUCGUAACACGGCUUUAUUCAGUGGUGCGCUUGCAGCUCUCACAGUAGGAGUCUGGAACGCUGUGGAAAAAUUCACGAGUGCAGCGCAGAACGAGGAGGCUUUCAUGGAUGAUGCAGCCUCGUUACCAUCUUGUGUGCACAUUUGUCAGGUUCUUGGUCAGUUCGUGCCGGAGACUUCUUCUGCUUCGGUGGCAGGUUCGAGAUUUUGGUUUGGAGGUUGGUUUGAGAGUGGGAAGAAGGAGUCUGAGGAUAAGUCAGUGAGUACAACUCAGAUUCUGGAGAGCUUUGAUGCUCUUCAUGCGCCAACCAACGAGUUUAACUAA